AUGACCCUAUCCGAGUGGUUGGAUCCCUGGCCAUGGCUGUGGGUCGAGGUCCCACGGCGGGUCUCCAUACAGAGCAAGCGGGUAGCGGUAUUGUACUUAAUUGGCGUCCUUGCCACGUUGGCGUACGUGAUCUUUGACUUCAUCUCGACGGAGGCAUGGCAUGGGAAGCUUCGCAUCUCCUCCGGCUCCGUCACCGUGUGGCGCAAUCCGCCGAAGGUGGAUCAUGCCGCGCGGAACCAUUGCACCAAUCCCGAGCAGUAUGACACAAUUUUCGACGAGUCGUGGCAGUACAGGCCGCGGUCUUGUCGGCAGCUCGUGGGCAGCAGUGCCUUCCGCAAGCAAGGUGAUUGGCUUCACUUCCCAUCCUACGUGGAAGAAACCUACAUGUGGAAACAUUCAAACUGCACUGAGCAGAGCAGGCUCGCUUGCAUGAACAUGGCACGGCCAACCGAUGUUUCAGAACAUGGAGAAAUUUCGUGGGAGGAGGUGAGCAACACCACUUGUAUCUGCAAUUUGAAAGACAGCUAUUUCGCGCAGUAUCCAGAGGACGAAGUCUUAGUCUUCACUCACAACUACUUCGUUCCCACACUCGAUGGGAGCACCACGUUGCCAUUGUUUGGCCUCCCUGAGUGGGGGAGCGUUCAGACUAUCCUUUUAGCUGUCGACGGCUCCCUUUGCGAUGUCGGUGGGCAAUCUUCCUGGAGUGAGGCGGAGGCAGCAAUCGGUAUUGGGGCACCGCUGAGAGAUUGGAUACGUUGUGCCGGGAUCGACUUAGACACGGAUCCGCUGCAUCUGACAAGUCAGAACGGCAGUCCCAACUUGGCGCGGCACCUGCGAACAAUGGGCUUCAUACUGGACUUCAGCUUGAACUACUUGAGUCAUGGUGCACACAGAGAAGCGCACAAAGGCGUGGUCUGCUACAUCACGGUCAAGGCACAUGCCGCAUGGAAUUCCAAUGUGGAGGUCCAGAAGCUUGUGCUUGGGCCCGGUGGGCCCGCCGGGACAUCCAUGGUGGCCGAGCAUCAGAUCUAUAUGUAUGGAGUGACUCCCCGCUUUAGGAUCGAGGGUGACUUUCGCUUCUUUUCUCACACGCCCAUCAUGACCUGGAUCAUCUCGGCAACUGUCCUGUUCGGGUUGCCGGCGCUGCUGAUGCGCUACCUGGUAGAGUUCAUGCUGGGGGUGCCUUCCCAGAUCUAUCGAAGAGAGACUUGCAGACCUUUCGACAUCUACGACCAUCUGCGUAAAACGCAGGCGCGGAUGCUGAGCUCUCAUGCUGCCUACAGCGUCCUAUCGAGCAGCGGUUCGUUGGAUAAGGUCAGUCUGGAAAAGUAUUUGCAGGAGCUCUAUGAUGUGCAGAUACGAGAUGGAACCUUGCAGCAGAAAGAAAUGGAGCGUCUCUGGCGAGCGACCAUGACUGGCUUCGAUGUUGACGAGUCUGGAAAGAUUUCGCUCGCAGAAUUCGUUGGAGCUGCAUCUAUGGUUGACGAUUUGCAACUGGAUGACAUCGUCCAUUUCCUUGACGCAGAUCGGAAGGUGCCCUGUCUGGAGCGCCUGAUGGACAGCACCAGGCACCAACUCCGCAGCAAGAACCAGGGAAAGGGAAAUCCUCAUCAAGUGUCCCCCUCCGGAGAGCCAGAGUCCACAGAGGAGUGCCGGGAGCGCAGCAACAGCGAUUAUGAGUUUGACGCUGCAGUGGAUCCACCUUCAGAGCACCGAAAAGACUCAUGGGAGGAGGUGAUGUGGAGAAUGUCUUGGAUCGUUUCCCAUGUGAAUAGCAUGGUGGCUUCAGAGAGAAGCAAACCUCCGGGCAACGGUGCCAUGCCGCUGUGGGGUGGCUGGGUACUGAUGCAGUCCAGGAGUGCUCCGGGAAAGAGAUUUUACUACAACAGCAGGACUGGUGAAUCAUGCUGGGAGAGACCCGCAUGA